UUGAGGGCUGAAAAGACUGAGGACACACAUGAGGGAGAGCAAAGAGGAAAUAGCAAGACAGAGUGCCUGUGUAACAGUCUCAGUACCCCGUCCAAAAGUGGAGUCCAAGCUGCCGAGGAGCACAGCGCGAACAUGUUGUGGAUCUAAAAGAAACGCAAGAAUGAAAUACUUGGACUGAAGAGAGCAAAGCCUGGAGUAGAUCAUGGCCGGUGUGACCUCUGUGCCACCACCCAUGAACCAGUCACAGCUCCUCAAUAUCACCUCAGAUACAGAGUAUAGUGAUGUGGAACUUGUGCUGUGUGGCGUUGCUAUGGCUAUUCUUGUUCUAGCAAUAGUUUUUGGUAAUGUGAUGGUGAUUACGGCCAUCCUGCGCUUCCAGAGGCUCCAGACCAUCACCAACCUCUUUAUUGCCUCGCUGGCUGUUGCUGACCUCAUUAUGGGUCUGAUCGUGGUCCCCUUUAGCUCCAGCAACAUACUGCUGCGAAGCUGGAUGUUUGGAAACUUCAUGUGUGACUUCUGGACGGCGACUGAUGUGUUGUGUGUGACCGCCAGCAUAGAAACACUGUGCGUGAUUGCUCUGGACCGCUACCUCGCCAUUACGAGGCCGCUCCGCUACCCGACACUGUUAACCAGGGCUCGGGCCUUCACGGUGGUGUUUGUGGUUUGGGCAGUUGCCUGCCUCAUCUCCUUUCUGCCCAUCUAUCUCAAGGUCUGGGUGUCGGACAAAGAAUCCGCCACGAAAUGCUUACUCAGUGAGACCUGCUGUGAAUUCAACACCAACGCCAUCUACGCGGUAUCUUCCUCGAUUGUGUCGUUCUAUAUGCCGCUGGUGGUGAUGAUUUUCGUCUACACCCGAGUCUUCCAAGAGGCUCAGAAGCAGCUGGAAAAAAUCCGAGGAAGGGAGCGGCACUUCUUCCACCUGCAUAAAUCUGCACAGCGGACUUACCCAGAUGACAGCCCCUCACUGAAUAAACUCAGGACAGGAGCAGACGGAGAGGACAGACUAAACAUGCAGCAAACUGAGGAUACGGACGCUGGGCAAGACGAAAAGGGAGAGGAAAACAGAGUGAGGACGGAAAAAGAAGGAAAGCAGUCCGCUGCGAAGCGUCUUAAGUUCUGCCUUAGAGAGCACAAGGCUGUGAAAACUCUGGGGAUCAUCAUGGGAACUUUCACGCUGUGUUGGCUACCUUUCUUCAUCCUCAAUAUCAUCAUAGCCUUUGUAGAUCUCGAUGGCAUUAAGAACCUGUUUCGAUUCCUUAACUGGAUAGGUUAUUCCAACUCAGCCUUCAACCCCCUCAUCUACUGCCGCAGCCCUGAGUUCCGACACGCCUUCCAGGAGAUACUUCAUUUAAGGGUCGGCAGCUCAGGAUGGAAGGGGGCAUGCGGCUGGUGCAGCGAGAGACACGGUUACUCCAAGACUCCACGGAGGCAGAAUGGGAACUCAGAACCGGGCCGUGUCCGGGGGCUGGACAGCGAAGAGAAAUCCGGGUGGAAAGGGAGUCUGGAGAGCUCAAUUCGAGACAGCUCGCUGACCCUUGCUCCGCCGGCGUCAUGUUCUGAGCAGGUUCUAGAUGUAGCUCCAGGUUCCUUGACCAGUUGGCAGGAAAACAGCUCUGGGAGCAGGGGUUGCAGGGAAAAUGUUGGUUCUGUCGUUUGACCAAAAAUAAGUAGGAUAUUAAAUUAAAACUGCAUUUCUAUACAGCAUCAGCUCAUUUUGUUCACGUUUGACAGACUGACUGAACGUCCUGCUCUACAAUGUAUGUAGCUGUGCACGGUUAUAUUUGAUCAGUGUUACUGUGGUUUUACUUGAGAUCCCUCGCCUACUCUGCUGCAGUUCUUUUUAUUUAAUAGGCUGAAAUACAAAGGCCAGCCAUCUGACAUGAAUUUUGCAUCGAUACAUUCACCCAAAGCGAAAACUAUAAAAUAUCUUUUAACAUAAGACAUACAAUUGUAAUAGACCAACAAUGUACUUUUAGUUCCCUUUAGGCAGUGACUUGGUUAACCAUUUGAUUAAUGUUGUGAUGCUCUACAGAAAUCUGCAACUGAGAGUUAAAAUUAAUCAAGACAAAAAAAAAAACAAGGUGUGAGUUUACAAGAUAAUCUACAUAAACUAAAAUAUGUGAUCAUUCUGUAUUUAGGUAUUCUUUCAUCCCUAAAUAAUUAUGGAUGGUACUAAACUGGAUUUGCAUUCAUCUAUUUGGUAGUAAUACUUUGUGAGAUAUUUAAGUACAAAACUAUUUGAUCCGCAAGAGUUGACAGGUUCAUUGUACAGUGCCUUGCAAAAAUAUUUAAGUCCUUUGAAACGUUUGAAAAAUUCUUCAAAACAAACAUCAGCGUGUUCUAUAAAUUGAGACAAAGUAGCGGAUAAAUGUAAAAUAGAAAACUCUGAAAAGAGUGGUGUGGAUCAGUAUUCAGCGCCCUUUAUUCUGAUAUCCCAAAAUAAGAUUUAAAUGUGUUACAAAGUGAAAUCUUAAAAUAUGAGACGGGACCCGUUCUGUCCUCAGUCGCAGUCAGACAAACAUGUUUUCAUUUUUUGAGUCGAAACUGGACAAGAUCAGGUAGUGGGAACUGAUCACCAACCCAACAGCAUGUGCCUGUUGCUGACAGCCAGGACUAUAAAAGACACUGGGAUAAGACAAAAGCUGUGAGAAGGCUUGUUAAAAACUUUAUUGAACAUAAACGCACAACAGCAAUGGGCAUAUUACAAACAAUCACCUAAAACACAGUAAAUAAUGAAGGGCUUUGUUGAAAUAAACCAAACAACUGAACAUAAAGAAUUGUACUGAACUCAGUUUAUUUACAUAGCGUCAAUUUACAACACAUGCCAUCUCAGCGACUUUUACAGAGUCAAAUUAAUCAAAUCAUACAGAUAUUGGUCAAAAUGUUUUCUCUCUAAGGAAAUCCAGCAGAUUGCAUGGAGUCAUUGACUGGCAGCAUUCACUCCUGAAAGAGCGUAGAGCCACAGUGGACAGUUGCUUGAUUUCUAAAGGACUAAUUAACAUUUCUCAAUGAAAUAUUUUUCAAGCAGAGCCGAGGUCUGGAACAUUUACAAUCCACAAAGUCCAUUUUUGUCUUCAGUCCAGCUAAAUGGGGCUUAUUUACAGCUGCAAAUGUUACACAACAUUUUUAUCCAUUACAGGAAUUUUGUGAUUUUUAAAGUGUUCCAAAAUGAUUUCUAUCUCGGGUUUUGAAACAAAAGAAGCAUGAAAUGUUUGCUGAACGGCGAUGGAUACAUAUUCUCUUUUUUUUGGGAUGUUGAUAUUUCUGGGAAACUUAAUGAUUUAACUGAAAAAAAAAUUAUUUCUGGUAAUGUUGGUAUCAAUCGGUUGUUAAAAUUUGUUCCAGUAAUUCCUUGAAACAAACUAAAAAAAAAAACUGCAAAAGCUUGAAUUCUGAGAAUGUCUUAUUACCAGCACCUGCUAGUAAGCUCGCUCUUUUAAACUAUAAAUUAAAGGGGUAUUGAUAUUUUUCCAAGGCACUCUGGUGCACAGAGAAAGAAAUUGGCUAGUUACCCAAAACAUUUCAAUGAAAACAGUCUAAAAUUGGACGUGGCACAAUUUUGAACAUAAUAUGUUUUGUGUUGGAAUCAUUUGGCUAGUUUGGUGUGAGAAUGGGUCGCACAGGCAGCUAAAAAUGAGACUAUCCAACGAUAUUUUCUUUCCUAACAUAUAGCUUUACAUAUAUAUGCUGAUGGUACUGGUAUGUGCAUAUUGUUCAGCUGCAAGAAAAACAACAACAGGUGCUUGUAUCGCUGGUCCAUUUUAUGGCGAUCAUAGCAAAACUAUCCAAAAAAGUGUCCAAGUAGACGAUUGCAGAGUGAUGUUUCUACAGAGAGGCUAUUUUACAUGAACAGUUUUAAGCACUAUUGAGAAAGUACUUUUAUCCAUCCUUCUACAGUCUUUGGCUUAUCCAAGAUCGGGUCGCAGGGUUGCUACAGGUCUAUGAAGGAAACCCAGACCUCUCUCUCCUCAGCGACAUCCUCCAGCUUAUUCUGGGGAAUCCCAAGGUGUUCCCUCAGAAUGACCCGUAGGAUAAGAAGGAAUAUCGAGUCCCUCCAGCAGUUUCUGGUUCUUCCCCGCUUCUCCUACCAAUGAAACGGAGGCAUCAGGGGCCUCCUGAUCAUAUUUCCAAACCACCUCAACCAUCUCCUUGCAACAUGUAAAAGCAGUGGCUCUACUUUGGCUGAAAGAGCUCCUCCCCCCCUGUCUCUCUAAGGCUGAGCCAGGCCACCCACCGAAGGAAGCUGUUUUUGGCUGCUUGUAUCCGGGAUCUUGUUCUUUCGUUAAUUAUCCAUACCUCAGACAGAACCUAGACAAGCUUGUACAUUGAGAACUCAGCUUUUUCUUUUUCACAACAGACCAGAGUCCCCUUUAGUGCUUUGUAGUGAGAGUCAGAUGCCGUGCAGGCAACGUCAUUCCAAACUGCUGGUUAAAAACUGUAAAAGAUAACUGUUCUUAAUAAAAAUGUUGUAUUUGCUACCAGUUUCUUAGGGUAAAGCUGAGACAAAAAUGCACCAUAUUUGUUGUAGAAUCCAUGAAAUGACUCAAUAUAUUCCAUUGUGUUUCUGGAUAUGCUACAACAGAAGUGAAUGUUUAAAUUGGUUAAAAGGUUUUUGUUAUAGCAACAAGUAAAGAUUUUAACUUCUCUUUGAGUUAACCACAGUGUUGGCAGUUUACAUCAGCAAAAGUUUUCCUUAAAAAUCUCUGUAACUGCCCAUAAAACCCGGUUGUGCUGAUCAUUUAUUUACAAGAAUUUAAUGUCACCACAGGGGAUGAGGUGUGAGCGGAUUCGAUUUCCAAAAUCAGGAACCUGACUCUAAUUUAUGCAAAUAUAUUCCUGUGAGUUGACCAUAAAGGCAUACAUUUUCUUUAUUUCAAGUUGCAAAAUUUAAUACAUGGGCUUCUGUGUCACGUCAUACUGUUACAAAACUUUGCAGCAUAACAUUGUUUGCUGCAGCAAAAAAAGGUGAAUUGAUUGUAAGGCUUUCCCUGUAUCUUAACCUGGAGCGUGGCUCGUAUUUCACAUCUCGAAGAGUGAUUAAGAGAAAUAGUCUUAGUGCUCCAUAAUGUUUAUACUUCAGAGGAACAGAACUAAGGAACUACAAAGUUAAAUUCAAAGGCACUCUGAUCAACUUCUAAAAGUAAAGUAGGAAUUAUAAAAUAAUUCUUUGGCAUUUGUGUUGUAAAAUUUGUUGGGAGUGGCAAUAAAUGUGGUUUUGCUCAUUUUGUAAAAUAUA